GUGCACCGAUCCCGAUGGUUUCAAGUUCAUUCCGUGUUUGGAUCUCGCGCAAAACGGUCAUAACUAAUAACUGGUCUGCUUUGUCGGUGCUGUGCUUGCGAAGAAGUUGACGAUCGAGCUAGUGAUCAAGUGGAAAGUGAAUCAUCGCUAAGCCGGGAGCUGCUGUCUUCGAAUGAGCAACUGUCGGGGGCUGAUGCGGUGGAAAUACCAGCUAAGCUGCCGAUUAUUGGAACCGAGAGUAAUGAAGCGUUCGAGCACGAGAAUGGAGCAGAAUUGGAGCUUUCGGAUACUGAUAAUGGUGUUUGCAGCGCUUCUUCCACUGGUCCGCGCGCAAGACUACGACGUGACUGAUAUUCAGUGCUCGUUUGCAUCACAGGGGUCCAACCUGGGUGACAUCAUAACGGCCAAGCUGAAGAAACCGAUCGGAUUCAAGGGGGCACCCCUGUUCGCGGACGACCGUGCAGUGAACCCGGAAGCCGACUUCGCAUGCUCCAUCAAGCAGGACCGUAAAGACCCCAGCGACCUUAGCUUCGACCUCAAGAUCACCGACUUCUCACGGUGCGGCGUGCUUAAGAGGAAUGGGUUUGUCCAUGUGCGAAUCUGGUUCCCACAGUUCCCAUCAGUGGUAAUGCAGUCUGAUCAGGAGUUGAUCAUCAUGUGCAAACCACCGGAGCCUACAGUUAUUCAAAAUAAGGCUGCUGGAUUUGCUGGUAGUUUCCCCCAUGGAGCACGUGUUUCCGGUGUUGUAGAAGAAACUCCAGGUCGUCUGGAAUACGAAGUAGCCCUAUAUAAGGAAGCACCUCCGAUCGCAAGAAUUGCUGGCAUGAAAAACCUUUCUUCCAACUCUUUACCCUCGGUUACCAACAAUGAAGUUCCAGUCGAUCAAGCUGUUCCUAUUGGAACGAAACUGCAGCUAAGAGCCCGAAUUAGUGCACAAAGUGUUUGGAAGUAUGUCAAGCUGUUGGAGGUGACCGUUUCUCCUGAUCCAGAUGAUCCUCAUGCUUCUGGUUCCGUUUCGUUGGUUCGUGAUGGCUGCCGUAAUCGCGAUUUUGCUUCGAUUAUUCCUCACCAGCCAGCUAGGUAUCGAGACAAACCGAAUGAAGUAUUCUUGGAUUUUGAAGCUUUCCUGCUAAGCUCGAUGAAGGAACGCAGCACACUUUGGAUCCAUUCUCAAAUAAAAGCCUGUAUGGACGCGAUGGAUUGUCAACCGGACUUCUGCUUGGAUCUGUAUGAGCCUACCAAGCGAAAGGGGCUAGGAAGACGCCGUCGCUCGGUAGGAGAAGUUGCUCACGGAAAUCUUUUGUCUAUGAUCGGACACGAUCGACAUCGCCGAGCUGCGCUAAAUACGACCGAAUUCACAAAAUUCAAGGAGAAUAUUGAAUACACCGUGAUCAUGCCGGGUCAGUAUGAUGAUCUGAGGUACAAGGAGGUUCCAGAUCAAUGCAAGAAUUUUGUAUUGAUCUCUGGUCUGCUUGCCGGAUUGCUGGCUCUUUCGACGAUAAUUACUUGUGGUUUGGCAUCACGACUUCAAGGCAAUGGGAAGAAGUCUUCGAUCGACGAACUCAACGUCAAAGGUUACUCCGGUCGGGCUAUCGUCCAGUGAUAUGUGCAAAGCUCUAUUUUUUCUCCAACCACCCAAUUAAGCAACCGCGAUCCAAAAUGUUACAUCAAAGAAUUCGUCACCUCCUGCAUCCAGUAAAUGAAUUACCCAAUCAAGCAAUUAGACUAUGAGCGCUACAGAACAUUGUAUAAAUUUAAGAAGCUAGGCAAAACAAAUAGUUAGAUUGUAAGUUGUAGCAUCCAUCUUGAGGGAUCAGAGACAACAAUUGGAAAACUGGCAACACUGUGACAUAAGCCCAAUUUUUAAACCUUCCUACAUUUUCGUUCGGAGAAAAUUAAUUUAAAAAUUGGGCUUACCAGUUCCGGAACCAGUGCUACGUGUAGAGAAAAUCGAAUGGUAACACACGCAACGUAGAACUGCAUUUCUCCUUUUAGAACAAGCGAAAAUCCGAGGCUGGUAGUGCACUUGCUGCCAGCUAAAGCAUUUAAUGUAAACGUCUAUUUAUUGAUAUUUUUCGAGUAAGAUUAUUUUAACUAGAUAGCAAGUGCGCAGCAGAAUCAUUCCGAACUAGGCGUGAAUUGUACAGUGAUUUUAUUCGUUAAUAAAUAGUUGAGUUUCAAUAUGAA